UCCCUUUGGCGAUUGUAGCGCCGCGGGGUUUCAAAAAAGCAUUUUUGUCCGUUGUGUGUUGUGCCAAGCUUGUGAUUUAAGUGCCGCAAAACGCUCUGAAAAACCAAUCCAGUGCAUAAUAUUGUGUUUUUGCGGUUUCAGCUUUGACGAUUGAGCGUGCUGUUGAUUGAGGUUAGAAAAUGUCAUCGGAGUCUGAUAAUUUGGAGUCCCUCACUAAUGAUGAACUCCACCGUCGAAUGUUGGAAUUGGGUCUGCCCAAGAUGCCAGUGACAGACACCACCCGGAAAGUACUAAUCAAACGCAUCCGGAAUCAUGUGAGUGAGGCCAAAGCCAAAACUCGCCGGGAGACAAUUGCUGUCGUGAAGUACUCUUCGGACGAGGAAGUAGCCUCUGAGCCGGAAGUGGCCAAGGCUAAGCCGAAGGCAAAGGUUGAGGUCAACCGGAGAGCCACAUUGGCACCUUCAAUUGUUCCCCGGAAAGAAGAAAAAGUCCCUCAACCAAUUUCCAAACCACAACGUCGUUCCGGACGCAUCACUCCAACUUCAUCUGUCGAGGUUCCGCCUCCCACGAGAGUUGCUGUGCCUCCAGCUGUGUAUGAAAUCAUCGAGGACAGCGACGAGGAGGCCGAAGAGAUCCUGACACAGCGUCCACCGAGGCGUUCCAAGUCAAAAUCGCCAUCUCUCUCCAGGAGCGACGUCGUCACAACAUCCUACAAGCAGGUCAUUGAGUCAGUCAAGGAGUCUCCCGAGGAGGAGGAAUCUGAAGCUAUGGAGGUGGAUGAGCCACCAGAAGAUCCACGACCCUACACUCAGCUUCACUAUCGCCCUCCAUCGGCAAGUAAGUUCAGUUCUGACCUGGAACGCCGAACUCUGGGCAGUUAUUCAACCUUGCGUAGCUCCACAUCAACCUACAGCCCCUACGACGGCAGAUACUCCACCCUCUCGUCUCCCUAUGCCUCCAAAUUGCGAGAAACUGAGCCCCAGGAGGAAUUUGAGGCGCCCUAUUUGAGUGAAUUCACUCGCCGUUUGUCUCAGCUCAAACAUCAAAAACUCGACUCCGGAAGUUCUCUCUACCGAACGGAUUCCCUAACUGUGCCAUCCGCCAAGGCCGACAACUCAAUCUCAGCCUCAAUUGUGGCAGUCUUCAAUGCACUGGACAGGAAAUUCAAUCUAAAAAGGAAUCUUUUAAUUUUCGCAGCCAUUCUCCUUGUUAUCUUUCUUUUUGUUCUUUUCCUCUACUAAAUUGUAUUUUUUUUCUUAAUGGAAUUGAUCUUUUUUUUUAAUAAAUAAAACAUUCAAGUUCAUUUAA